CAUCAUAAGAAUGAAAGAGAAUGUUUUCAAAGAUAUGAUGAAGAAGGGGGAACUAACAUAAAUGGUAUUGCUCCAACUUGCAUGUAGUAUAUCAAUACAUACUGUCAUUGAGUGAGAUCAUCAAUUCUAAGCUCUGAAUUAAGUGAAUUUUGAUCUUUUACCAUACGAGAUCAAAUGAUUAACAUGGUAAUACAAAAUAUUGCCAUUUUAUUUUUAUUAAUAACACAUACAUUAUGUGCACCAAGUGGAUGCAUAGAAUCUUGUACUUCUUAUCUGACACAAUAUCAAACUUCUGGAAAACAUGCUGAUUUAUCACAAACUGCUUCAUAUUUACAAAGUCUUGAUUAUUCAAAACCUGGAACAUGGUCUGAACAUAAAGACUAUAAUAUAGAUAAUGGACAUGGAAAAGUACAUGAAGAACGAGGCCAAUAUGUCGAAGGUCCUAAGACAGUAAGAUAUUAUAAGAAAAAUUAUUCUUCUUAUGAUACAUGGUAUCCUGUUGGUGAGAAAAUAUCAAAUUUUAAUCAAAAUAAUAACAAACAUAUAUCCAAUACAGAAGACAUAGUUAAUCAACAUACUUAUAAUCAAAUGAGUAAUUCAGAAUCAAUUAUACAGCAAAAUAAAUACAAUACAAUAAAGAAUCAACCACAUGUUGAAUCAUCACAUAGAAAAACUAAUGUUCAAAAUGAAAGACUUGAAAAUCUUGGAGAAUAUAGUAAAAAUUCACAGAUUAAUCAACAAGAUAUAUCUAAUCUGAAUACACAAAUUUCACAAGAACCUUAUCAUAUUAAUAUGCAGUCUGGAAAUUGGAGUACAAUAGAUUCAUAUAAAACUGAUGGAGGACAUGGUCGUGUAUUUGAAGAAAAAGGUCAAUAUGUAUCAGGAGCUAAAAAAAUUCGUUAUUAUAAAAGAAAUUAUACUUCUAAUUACAGUUCAUCUGAUGGAAUGUCUAUUCCUGAUUUUACUAAAAAUGGAAUGCAAGAUGUACAAACAAAGAUAGAAAAAUUUCAUAAAGAAAUUGGAAAAGGAUUUGAUCAAAUUUCUACACAAACCACAGGAUCCACUAAUAUUGGACAAACAUAUUUUAAUAUUCAUGACUUGCCUACUGAUAAUAUUUAUAAUAAAAAUAGUGAUAAUUAUAGAGAUCAAUAUAACUAUAGAAAUUCAAGAACACAUCAUAAUGAAGAACAACAAUCUUCAGACAUAACAAAUGAACAUUUACCUUAUAGGAAUCCUUACCAAAAUACUUAUGGUGAAAAUAGUUACAGUAUGUAUGAAAAACAUGAAGGAUAUGUAAAGAAGCUUCAACCAACUAAUCAACUUAUUAAUCCUACAUCAGGAUAUACUAGUACACUCAAUAUUGGAAAUAAUGAUUACAAUAGAAAUAAAUUUAGUGGAUCAAUUUUACAACAUACAGAUAAUUUACAACAAACAGAUAUUUUAGAUGCACAUCAAUCAAGAUUUGUUCAGAAUCAAAUGUUAGUCGACAAUUUAAGAAAUAAUGCGCAGAGUCAAAGCAGCAUAAUUCAUUCAAGCAUACCAAAACAAGUAUCUCAUUAUAAAGAACACUGGAGUUCUAGUCAUACAAAACAAGCAUCUGUUCCUCUAUAUUCUACAGAUAUUUUACAUAACAAUAAAGAACAUUUUCAAUACAAUAAUGAUCAAUAUAACAACAAAUAUAAUUUAAAUCAAGAUAUACGACAUGAUAGUAAUUUAAAUCAAUUUAGAGAAAAUGAUUUCAAUAGUGAUAGAAACAUAAUGUCACAAAAAUUAAUGACUAGUGCAAGUGAUUUAAGUGAAAUAGGAGAUACUAUAGAUUGUGCAUAUAAUUCACAACAUUCACAUGGCAGUUCACAAUAUUUAAAAAAAUAUAAGCGCAAUGUAAUGCAUAACAAAGAAGAUGAAGUGCAACAAAUAGUAAAUAAACAUGUUAUAGAUGAUUUUAAUCAACAAACUACACAAAAUGAUGAUUUUACACAACAGAAUUCAAGAAAUAAUGAUUUAAACCAAGAAUUACAACAAUCUUAUCAACCAUGGAAAUCAAAUCAACAAUUAAAUGAUUUUACCCAGCAAACAACUGAAACUGAUGACAUCAUUCAACAAACUUCUGGAAAAUUUGAAUUUGGUCAAGAUUCACAACAAAUAUCUCAAUUAUGGAAACCAAAUAAUGCCAAUCAACAAUUUAAUGAUUUUAAUCAGCAAACAAGUGGAUCUGAUUUUACUCAACAAAUUUCUGGAAAGAUUGAAUUUGAUCAAGAUUCACAACAAUCUUAUCAAUCUUGGAAACCUAGUAAUGUUAAUCAACAAUUAAAUAAUUUUAAUUGGCAAAUAAGUGGAUCUGAUGAUCUUACACAACAAAUUUUUGAAAAGAUUAAAUUUGAUAAAGAUUCGCAACAAUCUGGAAAACCCAAUAAUGCUAAUCAACAAUUAAAUGAUUUUUUCCAACAAUCAAGUGAAAUUGAUGAUUUUUCACAACAAACUUCUGGAAAGCUUGAAUUUGGUAAAGAUUCACAACAAUCCUAUCAAUCUUGGAANNAUGAUAAUAAUAAUAAUAAAGAAGAUUACACUCAACAAAUAGGUAAUUUUGAUGAUCUUAGUCAAUAUGUCUCUAAAAAUCUUGAUCAAAAAUUACAACAAUCUUAUCAAUCUUGGAAAACAAAUAAUGCUGACCAACAAUUAACUCAUCUUACCCAGCAAAAAGAUGGAUCUGAGAAUCUUACUGAACAAAUAUCUGGAAAACUUGAAUUUGGUCAAAAUUUACAACAAGCAUAUCAACCAUGGGAAUUAAAUAAUACUAAUCAACAAUUAAUUCAUCUUACUCACCAAACAAGUGGAUCUGAGGACCUUACUCAACAAAUCUCUGGAAAGUUUGAAUUUGGUCAAGAUUCACAACAAACACAUCAACCAUGGGAAUCAAGUAAUGCAGAUCAACAGUUAGUUCAUCUUACUCAAAAAAAUGGAUCUGAAGAUCUUAUUCAACAAACUUCUGGGAAAUUUGAAUUUGAGCAAAUAUCACAACAAACUUAUCAACCAUGGAAACCAAAUAAUACUAAUCUGGAUUUUACAGAGCAGAUUGAUGAUUUUACUAAACAAAGUACUGAUAAACUUGAAUUUAAUCAAGAAUCAGAAAAAGAUUCAUCUCUGCAAAUAAGUAUUAUACCAGAAUAUUUGGGAAAUGAUUCACAUUUUCCAAAACCUGCAGAUAAACCCAAACCAAGAUCAAGAUAUUCAAGAUAUGGAUCACAUCAUAAUGUACAUAAUAUCAAUGAUGAAGAUAUUAUGAAUCACAAUAAUGGAAAUAUUGAUGCAUCACAUAUUUAUGAAUUACCUCCAAACAUGGAUGUAGAAGCUGAUGAUAAUAAAGGAAAUCAAAAUACAACAACAAAUCAAGAAGAAAAUGAAAAUAUAGAUUUGUCUAAAAAUUUAAAUCAACAUAGUGGAACUAAUUUAUAUGAUAUUGAAGGAAGUAAUGUAGACCAAGUAAAUUGGUUACACAAAUCAAAUGAUGCAACUGUAGGUUUACAAUGGCAUUAUACAUAUCAUCCAAGUGACCAAAGACAAUUUGUACAACAAACAGAACAAAAAGAUAAAGAAAAUUUGCAACAAUCAAUGCAAUCACAAUUUUUUAAUUUAGAACAAAAUUUAAAUAAAGAAUCACAAAAUAAAUACAUAAUGGAUAAUUCACAUCAACAAUCAGAUUGGCAAUCUCAAAAUUAUAUAUCUAAACAAAAAGAUAAAUCUUUAAGAAAUGAUUAUGUUCAAAAUGAAAAUAAAUUUAUAUCUAAUGAACAAAUAAAAGGAAAUUUACAGGCAGAUUCUGGAAUUUUUAGAGAACCUAAAUUACAGCCAAGAAUCUUAGAAGUUUAUGGAGGUGGGCAAUAUGAUCCAACACAUAGCGAUGAUAUAUAUUCAGAAGUGACAAUAAAUCCUAGUGCUACAUUAGCAUCUAUAAGCAAUACAGAUCCAUGGGAUAUUAGAGAAAAACCAGAAAUAUUAACAACAACUGAAUUAAUGCCACCAUUAUUAUCUGUAGAACCAUUGGACACAAAUAUUACUACUGAAGCACCUCAUCCAUCAUCCAUUUGGUCAAGAAUUAGUCAUAAAAUAGCAACUACAAUAGACAAAGCUAAAGAAAAAGCUAGAAAUAUUUUUGGAUAAAUAUAAAUUUUUAAAAACAAAUUUUUAAAAUAGAUAUCUAUUUAUAAGUAAUAUAUUUUUCACAAUAUAGAUUUUAAAUAAAAUUUAUCAGAUCUUUAUCAAAAUCAUUCAGAUUGUUAAUUUAAUAUGUGGUACUAAUUUAAUAUAUUUUAAUAUAUUUAGGAUUUUAAUGUAGUAUUACAUAAAAUUCUAUUAUUAUAUAGUUAUUAUAUAUUUUAGAUUGUUAUUUAAAUAAAUGAAUUUAUAUUUUUUAA